ACAACGUCCCCACGAGCGACUAUAUCGUCUCCUUUGUCAAAAUCAUCGCCAACGGCCGCGCAGACUGUCCUCGUCAGCUUCCUCAACCCGCAAAAGCACUCCUCUGACCGCACGCAUCGCAGAGGGUCAGACCAAUUUUGAGGACGGCACGAUCGAGUUGCUCAUCAUUAACCAAAGAGGCAACAUCGUCUUUGAUACCAAUGACAGAUACCUCAUCAGUGAUGUCAACUUGCUGUACACGACAGAUGAAAACGGCUUCAUCUUUGGUCACUUCAACAUGACCCUCACCGGCGUUUCUGCUAUGCAAUCCUCUUCGACGCCUUCGACAGCCGGGACUUCCCCCUGGGCCGAUCCUCAGACUCGCUAUUGCUGUCGGCCCUUUAUGGCUUUCAGAGUCGUCAUCGGCUUGACUCAGCCUGCAUUCAUACCCGAAGUCAAGCCGUUCAAAACAUGGGUUGCCUGCAACCCAAACAGAGCGUCGCGAGGCGAUGGUCGUUGUCGCAAAACGUUCUCUCCUAGUGUCACCGAAUGUAAUCCGACUACUGCCACUGCCAACAUUCGUGCGGCAUCGGUGCCAGUGCCUGCACACCCACAAGUCUCACGCUACGAGAUUGCCGCUCAGGCCAGCGGUCUCUGUCCUCAAGGAUACGCAUCUACCGAGCUCGCCAGCGUGGAGAUUUUCGUCGUGGACCAGCAUAGCCGUGCCAGGUUCAUCGCUGUCAACCGCAUUUCCAUAGUGAAUAUCGAAUCUCGCAGGCAGCUGAUACAUUCGGGCCAGCGAUUGAUCGAGAUUCAACUGACCGCAAGGAGUCACGGCGAACAGCAGGAAUGGCAGAACAACGAAGACCGCGUGUGCUGCAAGCCCAUCUUCAGAGCCUUUUUCUGGCUCGGCGUCGAUGAUCUCAGUUUUAUGUACCUGCCCGACGCAACGCUGCGCACUCAAGAGCUCGUUGCUGCAUGCCCGCCCAGCGUCUUCUCGUAUGCUGACCCCCACUGUCAGAUCACGCCUUUCAAUUGGCCCGGCGAGUGGCCGUGCACGAUUCAGAGCAAGGCGGUCUACAAUAUACCUUACGGUGCACAAACCCAAAAGUAGCUGUCGAAGGACAAUGCAUUACUUUCGAGACGUGGAAGGUAUGAUGCUGUACGGCCUGAGCCAUGCACGACUCUUUGAAGCCGCGCAUAUCGACACGGUCGGCUCAUACACAAUGGAAGCCGGGCAAGUUGAUGCGGGAGCUGCCAUCGGAUCUGCGUUUGCUGUCAGAGCCACAGCGAGCUCCAAGAGGAUACAUACUGGGCGGACAGACAACCAAGAAGUCGCCGUAGAAGGCCGGAUCCGCCUGAAAGAGCUCCUCAUGGAUGCCCAAUGCAAUACGGGUCUGGAUCGCCGUCAGCGCCUACCUGGAGU